GUCUUCCGAAUUGCAGUGGCCCUAAGAUCCGAAGAUCCUUGCCUCUGCCUCUUUUAUCUGAUUCUGAAGCUAACGGGAAAAGGGUAAGGAUGGUGGAGGCUUUCUGUGCUACGUGGAAGUUGACGGACAGUCAGAAUUUUGACGAGUACAUGAAGGCUCUAGGUGUGGGCUUUGCCACUAGGCAGGUGGGAAAUGUGACUAAACCAACAGUGAUCAUCAGUCAGGAGGGGGACAAAGUGGUGAUCAGGACUCAAAGCACAUUCAAGAACACGGAGAUUAGUUUCCACCUGGGAGAAGAGUUUGAUGAAACCACUCCAGACGACAGAAACUGUAAGUCUGUUGUUAGCCUGGAUGGAGACAAACUUGUCCAUGUACAGAAAUGGGAUGGCAAAGAGACAAAUUUUGUAAGAGAGAUUAAGAAUGGCAAAAUGGUCAUGACUCUUACUUUUGGUGAUGUGGUUGCCAUUCGCCACUAUGAGAAGGCAUAGAAAACAUCCUGAUCUGGGGCUGGAGAAGUUCUACAAUCUUUCUGUUUACCCAAGUCUCAGUGCUCUACUGUUGUUACAGCAUGGCUGAUCACUAAUUAGAAGGUUAUCCUUGGUGUGGAGGUGGAAAAUGAUGACUUCAAAACUUGUUUUAAAGACUUGUUACUGCAAGCAAUCAAAGCCAUUUUUGAUCUGCAGAUUUAUCACAUUUUAUAAUUCCUAUUAAAAUUGUAAACUACUUUUUUUUUAAAAAUAAAGAAGGGAAUACAUUCUAUAAUUUCCAAUGGAAUGCAAAUCAAAUUGGAAUAAAAAUCUUACACCCAUGA